UUAACAAAUAAAAGUUAAUGUUUUGAAGAGAAACUUUUGCUAUUCACUGUGGAUUGAGAGAUAUAUAUCUUUAUUUACGACAAAUUACUCAGUCCGGUUGAUUUAGUUAUAAUGGCAGUGAGCAAUCCACCCGAAAUGAGAUCAAAUUGUCACCAAAAGCGCAAAAGCGCAGCACUCAACAUGAAGUUUUUGGCCAUUUUCAACCUGAUUUCGACUGUGGUAUUAUUUCCUGGCCUACAAGGAGCCCAUUUUCGGUUCACCAACUUUCAUUGCAACAGUCUGGAUCCACAGUUCGUGGAGGUCAAGGAGUGUUUCCUGAAGAUGGUGAGCCGAAAUGUAGUGGGUAUGAAUUUCCACCUGGGGAUUAAAUACGACAAGCCCAUUAAUAAGAUCCAGUUCAACCUGAGCAUAUUCCGAAAGUCGAAUGUAUACAGGUUGUUUCUGGUCAAUCACACCAUUGACUUUUGCUACUAUAUGCGAAGACCAAAGCAAUAUCCGAUUUUCUAUAUGUUUCACGACUCUUUAAUGGCUGCCACCAAUGCCAAUCACACGUGUCCAUAUGCCGAGAAGGAUAUUUAUGUGAGGAAAAUGACAUUCAAUGAGCAGACUGUGAGAGACCUUCUUUCCUUCCUACCCGAAGGCGAAUACAAACUAGUUGUAUCUGUGAGUGCUUUUGGAGUCUGGCGAUUACAGGUCAACGUCUACGGGCAGCGUGAUUAA